CACACACACACACACACACACACACACACAGCUGCUAGAAACCAUGACAGAAGAUGACGGAGACGGUUGUCGCAGAGGGACAAGUCAAGUUUAGAGAUGGAAAAAAGUGGAAGACUCGCUGGGUUGUUCUCCAGAAGCCCUCCCCGGUCGCAGAUUGCUUGACUUUGAUCGUCUGCAAGGAGAAGAAGAAAGGGAAAAGCAGCGGACACAAGGAGAGGCUGAAUGUGACACUGGAGGGCAUUUGUGGUGUGGAGCCAGGAACCGGGUAUGACGGCGUGCCCUACGCUCUGUCCAUCCUCUGCCUGGCAAGAACCCUGAUCCUGGGUUUCAAGAACAGAGACGCCCUGCUGACCUGGGAUGCUCGGAUCCGCUACAGCCUGGGUGAAGCUCACAGGUUCCUUGUCAGCGUGGAACCAGGCACCAAACUGGAAAGUGGGCCUGCCUCCCUUCAUCUGUGCAACAACCUGUUGGUCCUCAGCAGAGGCCUGCCUCCGGUGGUGAUUGGUCACUGGAAGCUGUCGGCGCUGCGUCGAUACGGAGCCGUGCCGCGUGGCUUUGUGUUUGAGGGAGGGACUCGCUGUGGAUGCUGGGCCGGUGUUUUCUUCCUGUCUUGCUCAGAAGGAGAGCAGAUCAGUUUCUUAUUUGACUGCAUCGUCAGAGGAAUCGCCCCCAGCCGAGCCUUGCACGGCGUGUCGACAAACCAGCCAGCGGGUCGGGAUGCAGACCCCGCCUCUGCAGAGAAACGGAUCAGCCAGGAGACCUGCGAGCUGGAGAAGAGACUCAGCAUGUUGUCUCAGUGCAGUCUGGCCAGCAGCUCAUCCUCCACUUACAGCUGCAGCACGCCUGUUGCCGGGGACGACCACAGCUUCUCCAGCUCCUCGUCCAGCCAGUCGGAUGCGAGUUACGGCAACAGGUUUCCGUUUUGGGUGGAGCCCUCGGUCAGAUCGCACCUUUCCAAUGAGAUGUCGUCUAGCUCCUCCACGCUGAAGGCCUUGACCCGGUCAGACGACAGACUGUUCGGCGCUGCCAGGGACGGCUCAGGGAGCCAUCAGUCUCCUGCGCAGCGCCAACCUCGAGGGCUUAAUGACUGCGGCCGCCAGAGCUCCUUAGACAGUGGGAUUGGAAUAGCGACAGGCAGUCAGUCAUCGUAUUCUGGGAGCUAUUCUUCAUGCAACGGGAGUCUGGACAUGGCCAGCCAACAAGGAGGAGGCGGAGGAGGAGAAGACGAUGAGUCAGUGGUCAGCCCUCCUGCUCCUUUCAAUCCCCCUUCUUCACCUCCUCCGAUCCCUCCUCCAUCACCUUUUCAGCCCGCGGUCGUUCCGGAGCCCACAUGCCCAUCCAGGUGCACCUCCCAAGCAUCUCACAGACACAGCGCGGAGUACCAGAUCCCCAGCCUGCUCAGACGGUGGUAUGACACCCCCAGGAGUCUUCUUCAGGCCCUGACGCUGAGGGAACCGUUCGCCCAGAAAGCCCCACCAGACCUGAGAGGCAAGGCCUGCGGAGGGGGAGGCAGCGGUCGGGUACAGAUGUUAGACGCGAGAGGUCCCAGAAAACUGAGGGCUCAGUGUCAGUGGACGAUGCAGCGCUCAGACUCCUGGGGUAGUGAGAGGGCGCCCCCUGUGGACAGUGAAGGAGAGUCCACACCCAGGGCUCAGGCGGCCUCAAGCAGCUCGGUUCCAGCAGAAGUGCAGGAACAUGGCUCUUUAUUAACAGAUCUUUCUUCUGUCUUUUCUACCAAGACACAAGGAGAGAAACUCGGAGACAGUGAGAGUGUCGAGGUCAAAGGUCUGAAUAGGAAGUUGUCUGGUUCACCACCUUCAGUUCCUCCUCCACCUCCUCCCCUAACGCUUAGUACGCUCAGAACGGUAUCAGCAUGUGCUUUGUUCCCGUCCAGCCGAGAAUCUCAUCCGUCUCCAUCCACUGGCCUUCACAGAGACUCCGUUGGUAACUACGUUAAUAUCCCCACUGCUGCCCUUCAGGCCACGACCACAGAGCUGCUGUACUCACAGCUGAACCUGCACAGCUCAACUCAUGAGUCCAGUCCACACAGAGCUGUGAGACAUGACCUCCUGCAGCUCUACAGACACAAAGAUGACUCCAUCAGGUACGCCCACCUGGACAUCGCUGCCAUGGAAACAGCUCAGAGAGUGGGGGCGGAGCAUGUUCAGGGCAGAGAGGACAGGCUGACUCAGCUGGAGAGCAGGUGGCGAGGGCCACCCAACUGA